AUGUUGCUGAACGAAAGUCUAUACGAAGCUAAUUACCUGCUGUGGGAGAUCCACAAGGAAUUCCAGGACCUUGGAGGACGAACUAUCAAGAUCCAAUGGGUACCAAGCCACAAUGGUAUCAAAGGCAACGAGACAGCGGACCAACUUGCCGUGACCAAAACACAAGAAAAACAAACAUGCUACCAUGGAAUAACAGUAGGAGACGCCUUAAGACUCAGCAGCACAGAAAUAUGGGAGAAUUGGACCAGGAAGUACAAAGCAACAUCGAAGGAGAAAGGGAAAUGGCACUACCAGCUCAUGGACCGGCCAAACAAGAAGAUAUGGAGCAAGGAUCUCAGGUUGCAGCCAGAUGAAGUGAAAGUCUUAAGCAGAAUAAGAAGCGGACACAGUCUGACCAAGGAAAGAAAAGCAAGCUGGGGAUGGGAACUGUACGAUACGUGUGAUUGGUGUGAAGUAACCGAAAACUUAAAGCACAUCCUAUACGACUGCCCUCGAUACAACCAAAGUAGAAGCAAAUACAUAGUACUGGACUACAUGAAACCGUUAGAAAUGAUCCUGACGGAAAGGUGCACAUCUAAGACGGACAACCAUUCAUCAAAAACCUACACCUUUAAAUUAAAGAAACAAAGCAAAUUACUGACUACCAGCGGCGAGAUGGACCAGCCAUGGUCUAAGCCUGUCUGA